CAGCCUGCCAUUGUUGUUUUGACAACCACGAACUACCGCACGUUUCGCUGCUGUUGUUAAUAAAAUCUACCGCAUAAAAGGAUAUGAAGGUCUUAGAAUUAUACAGCGGAGUCGGGGGGAUGCAUUUCGCUUUGCGAGAAAGCGGUAUCCAGUAUAAUGUCCUUACUUCGAUUGACAUAAACACGGCAGCGAACGAAGUUUACCGUGAAAACUUUCCCGAUACUGUGAAUUUGGGGCGUAAUAUACAAUCGUUUGACAUAGAACAGAUAAGAAAGCUAUCUGUAGAUACCAUACUGAUGAGUCCUCCUUGUCAACCAUUCACCAGAGUUGGUUUAAAAAAGGAUAUAUUGGACAAUAGAACAGAUUCUUUUUUACACGUUUUAGAGUUAAUUCCACAGAUUUCAACGCUGAAUUAUAUUUUAGUCGAGAAUGUAAAAGGUUUCGAAACAUCUCAAGCCAGAGAUAAAUUAGUAGAAUGUAUUGUUAACUCUGGAUUCAAUUACAAAGAAUUUUUAUUGAGUCCGUGUCAAUUUGGAAUACCCAACACGCGCCAGAGAUAUUAUAUGAUAGCAAAAAGGAAAGAACUUCAGUUCUUUUUCACUGAUCCAUCUUUGACAAAAUUUUAUCCCAAGGAAUUAUUAGAAGAUGUUAAAGAUGCCAAGAGAAUUUUAAAUAUCUUGGAGGAUAACAUUGAUGAGAACAACUAUCUUAUUUCUACUAAAAUAUUAGCGAAACAUGCCGGAGUCCUUGACAUUCGGACAGCAGCGUCGACCAAAUCUUGUUGUUUCACAAAAGCUUACGGUCGUUAUGCAGAAGGCACCGGAUCUGUUUUUUGUCCAAUGUCAGAGGAGCUAGUUUCAGAGAAGUAUUUAGAAUCUAAAAUGCACGGAGACGAUAUCGAAAAGAAGGCAGAAGUAUUGAGUAGUUUGAAAUUGCGUUACUUUACACCCCGUGAGAUUGCUAGAUUAAUGUGUUUUCCGGAAUACUUUCACUUUCCAAAGACUACGACGACGAAACAAAAGUACAGACUACUGGGAAACUCGAUAAAUGUCUUUGUCGUUUGCCAAUUAAUUAAAUUAUUGAAAUAUGGCGACGCUGAUGCGUUGGAUUGAGACAUUAUUAGAACAAUAAUAUUUCCGUGAUCUGAUGUGAAUAAAAACAUACAUUUUAUCAAA